AUGGAUAUAGCUUUGAAAGAUUUUGAAAUUCCAUCAGAUUUGAUUAAACCUGUGGGUCCACUUAAUAACGCUGGAGGAGAAAAUCAUAUUAAAAAGAGGAUAUUUUUUAAUUCCCCUGUGGCUGAAAAGGAAAUUGGAAAAUUUAAAAAAAAUGACCCAAAACUUCGUGAAUUGGAAAAAGAAGCCAAACUCAUUCAUAAAAUUUGUACUUGUAGAUUUGUCCUUACUUU